CAUUUUCGAGAUAUAUCGAUGUACACAUUUUGAGUAUUUGUACCUGGGUCAGCUUCCGUCGAUGGCUCCGUGGUCUUUUCCGGUUGUUUUAUACACCGAACAAGAUGGGUAAGCCUCGUGGUCUUCGAACGGCGCGUAAACACGUGAACCACAGACGCGAUCAACGCUGGAACGACAAAGACUACAAAAAGGCUCAUCUUGGAACGAGAUGGAAGGCUAAUCCCUUCGGUGGAGCUUCCCACGCCAAGGGAAUUGUUUUGGAAAAAGUUGGUGUUGAAGCCAAGCAGCCCAACUCCGCUAUCAGGAAGUGCGUUAGGGUACAGUUGAUCAAAAACGGAAAGAAGAUCACGGCGUUCGUACCCAGGGACGGUUGUCUCAACUGCAUUGAAGAGAACGAUGAAGUUCUAGUUGCAGGAUUCGGUCGUAAGGGUCAUGCCGUAGGUGAUAUUCCCGGAGUAAGGUUUAAGGUUGUCAAGGUUGCUAACGUUUCCCUUCUUGCCCUGUACAAGGAAAAGAAGGAACGUCCACGAUCUUAAAUACAUGUAUUUUUACUGCAUUUAAAUAAACAUCAAUAAAGUGCA